AUGCUUUAUGAAACGUGGGAGUUACUUAUAUGGAAGAGCUGUGAUGGUCUUUUGCCAGCUUUACAGAGAAUGGUGAAACUGUUAGACGUAGACACGAGUGAAUACAAUUGUACAAUUAAAGCGAAAAGGUCGUACGAUGGAUAUGAGAGAUAUGGAGUUGCAAUGAAUGCCGACCAUUUGAAAGGAACUGUUUCCACAGAUGAGGCCAACCAAGGAUCUGCUCUGAAGCUGAUCAAAGUUGCACCAUGCCUAAACGAGUAUGAAAAGGCGCCCUCUGGUCAUGAUGCUACCACAAACUGGAACAUUUUCCGGUCGUGUGUGAUUCCUGAGAAAUGGAUGACGGAUGAAUCAGGCUACAAGGUGUACAAUUUAACGGUUUUAGAGCAACAUCCUUACACUACACAGACUUUUGUUCCUAUGGGUAGGGGUGCCGAUGAAGAUGCAUACGUGGUCAAUGUUGCGCCAGAUAAAAACGGAUUGCCGGACUUUGAGAAUGUCGAAGCGUUCAUCUUCAAGGGUAAUACUGCUGUCACGUAUAAUAUCGGUGUGUGGCACAGCCCGAUGGUUGUGUUAGGUAAAACAACCGAUUUCUGUGUGGUUACCAAUGAAAACGAUGUUCCACGGGAGAACUGUGUUGAAGUUUUUUACAACCCUGGUAUCAAAAUCCAAGUUGAAUAA